AAAGCCCCAUGGGAAGUAAAUUCUUUGAACAUGGCGGAUGGUCAGGUGUGACGAGGAAACAGAAAGCAAAACAAAAUUGGAAUUAUGGCCUUGGAUGGCGAGGAAAGUACCCCGGUCCCAAAUUUGGCUCUAGAAGCGAUUGUUAAGCCUACACUCCGUGAGUUAGAGCCAUUUUAUGAUGAUGAAGCUGUUGAAAAGCUUCGAACUGCUUUUGCCAAGGUUGAGAAUGAUAUACCAGGGAUAACACAACAACUUGUUGGAGAAAUUUUGAAGUCAGCAUCAUUAUCAGUGAACAUGAAUGAAGUUCUUCUUCUCUGUGCUGCUCAAAACAGCGAAGAUUAUACUUUUAAAGUCCAAGGAGAGGAAUUUAAUGCAUUGUUGAAAAAAGCAAAAGACUUAAAGACCAUAUUAGCAAAAAUUCCAGCUGAAAUUGGCAACAGGCAAAAGUUCUUGCAGACCAUUAAGGAUAUUGCUACUGCUAUAAGGGACCUGCUAGAUGCAGUGAAUGAGGUUUUCAAGAAGUGUCAGAAUGUUGGGAAGGUGGCACAAUAUAAAGAGGGUCUUGAGAGGAACAAAAAGGAAUUUGUUAAAUAUUCCAAAAACUUCAGUGAUACUCUAAAGCAGUAUUUUAAAGAUCAAAGGUCGGAGGCAGUAUACGUUAGCGCGAACAGACUCAUCAACCAGACAAACCAUAUUUUGUAUAUGUUUAGAUUAGCUACAAGCCCAUAGAUAAAUUUGUAAAACAUCCUCAGGACUUGCCUUUGUAUUCAGCUGAGUCAAUCUUAACGGGAGCGAUGCCUGUUUUAAUAUUUAUGUAAACAGAGACUGAUUCUUACAUGUACAAGCAAACCUAAUUUUGUUGUUAGGGGCGAAAAAGACAAUGGUUCACAUUGAAUAGGCUGAAGAAACCAUUUGUGAAACAGAAUGGAAUCAUGGAUAUCUUGGAAAACAUAGUGAAAUUUACAAGGCGUGGAAUACUUGUUUCCGCUUCAGUUUCCUCAUAUUCUCUUGUCGCAUUUUCUCUUGUAUGGAUUCGGCAAAUUUGGGUGAUUCUCUUAACCAUCUUUUUGUACUUUUAUAGAAUUGUAGAAUUAAAUCUUUGUUUUCUAGACA